AUGGUGAUCAAAGAAACAUGGAAGCUUCAUCCUCCAACACCUCUUCUACUUCCAAGAGAAGUAAUGUCUGAAUUUGAGAUCAAUGGCUACACGAUUCCAGUCAAGACACGGCUUCAUGUGAAUGUUUGGGCUAUUGGGCGUGAUCCGGAUACUUGGAAAGAUCCAGAGAUGUUUCUCCCAGAGAGGUUUAUGGCUAACAAUAUUGAGGCAAAAGGACAAAACUUUAAACUGUUAUCAUUCGGGAGUGGUAGAAUCUGCCCUGGAAUGUACAUGGGGACAACAAUGGUGGAGUUUGGUCUGGCGAAUAUGUUGUAUCAUUUUGACUGGAAACUACCAGAAGGCAUGGCCCUCGAAGAUAUCGAUAUGGAAGAAGCUCCUGGACUUACUGUGAGCAGAAAAAGUGAGCUUCUACUUGUUCCUGUGAAGUACUUUGAUCACUGA